AUGUCUACCGCUGCACGCGCGGCCACCAUUCGGUCCCAAGCUCCGAUCCUGAAAGCCGCACAGGGCUCUCGGGCCAUUUCAUACUCGGCACUGCCGGCUCAGACUCUGAAGCUGUCUUCUAGUCAAAGGACUACUCUUCAGCACAGCCGCCUUCCCGUGUCCCAGCUCGUGUCGCCAUUUGCCGCUCUUCCCUUGACCCGUUCGUUCCACGUCGCCAACUCUCUUUUCCAACAACAGCAACAGCAGAAGGAGGAGAAGAAGGGCGAGGAGACCAAGUCCGAAUCCGAAGGCCAGGGGUCUAAGGAGGAGGGUGAGAAGGGUGAGAAGAAGGAAAAGAAGCAAGAUGCUCCGCCACCACCCCCCCAUGGAGACAAAUCCCCAUGGCAGGUGUUCCGUGACACUCUUCAGACCGAGUUCAAGGCUUCGAAGGAAUGGAAUGAGUCUACCAAGGCUCUGGCUUCCUCGGCGCAAGAGUUCAGCGAGAGUGAGAAGAUCAAGCGCGCUCGAGAGGCGUACAAGGCGGCAUCUGAGGCUACCACCACGCGCACUGGUGCUGCUUUGAAGUCCACUGGUCAAGUUAUUGGAAAGAGUGCUGCCUGGACAUGGAACACUCCGGUCGUUAAGGGUGUGCGUAUGGGUGUUAGCGCCACUGGUGCGGGUCUCGAGAAGGCUACCAGACCCGUCCGUCAGACAGAGGCUUACAAGAGCGUGAAGGAAGCCAUUGAUGAUGGUAGCAGCUCUCGUUACGGUGGAUGGAUUGAGAAGGAAGAACGUCGCAAGCGUCGCGAGGAGAUGGAAGCUAAGUCUGGAAAGACACACAAAGUGGAGCAGGCUGUCGAGGAUCCCAAUGCCGGCACCAACGUUACCCUUCACAAGGAUGCCGCCUGGAAGGAAUCCUGGCGCACCUUCCGUGACUCCAACCCCAUGAUGCAGAAGCUCUUUUCCGCCAGAGAGGUUUACGAGGAGUCCGAGAACCCUCUCAUCAGCACUGCGCGCAGCAUCACCGACCGUAUCGGUGGCUUCUUUGCUGAGAAUGAGACUGCCCGGGUCGUUAAGAAGUUCCGGGAGAUUGACCCCAACUUCCAGAUGGAGGAAUUCCAGCGUGAACUGCGUGAAUACAUGCUGCCAGAGGUUCUCGAUGCCUAUGUCAAGGGCGACAUUGAGACCUUGAAGCUGUGGCUGUCUGAUGCUCAGUUCUCUGUUUAUGCCGCUCUCGCUAAGCAAUAUACUACUGCUGGUCUCCGUUCAGAUGGUCGUGUUCUCGAUGUCCGUGGUGUUGAAGUUUCCAAUGCUCGUCUAUUGGACCCCGGUGACAUCCCCGUGUUCGUUGUUACCUGCCGUGCCCAGGAAGUCCACGUUUACCGCAACGUGAAGACUGGAAAGCUUGCUGCUGGUAUGGAGGAUAAGGUCCAGUUGGUGACCUACGCCAUCGGAAUGACCCGCAUCCCCGAGGAAGUCAGCAACCCCGAGACUCGUGGCUGGAGAUUGAUUGAGCUGCAGAAGGCCGCUCGCGACUACAUCUAA